AUGCCUUGUUUUACUUCGUUAGCAAAGCUAGCUAUAAGCUUAGGCUUCGACUCAUUAGAAAUUCAACGACUUAGCAAUGGGGAUGCUGAACUCAUAGACAUUCGCGAAAGAAUUCGAGCUCGUAGGCCAGCGACCCUUUUUGCGGUUGAUGAGGAAGUGCUUGAGCAAGAGGCACUGACACAAAGAGAGAGACUCAACGUGUUCCGCCCGAAGGAGCAUUUCACGCAAUCAACUAUGCCAAAAUUAGGAACAGACGAUAGAGGUAUCGCUCCGGCUAAGCGCAUCGGUCAGCUGUACCAACUAUUAGAGGAGACGGAAAGGAAAUUUCUCUACCUACCAAACUUCUAUGCCGGAAGCCACAAACUAUUACAGGGCCUGACCCCUUUUGCUAUUAAGAGAAUGGUUUUCUUAAUCACAUUUCGCGUAGAGUCAAUUCCUAAUCCUGGAUACUGGGAGAAUGUUGAUCUUGAGCUCGAUUCACCAUCUCAAUACUCCCCCCAUUCGGUGCUUAUGGCAGAAACUUCUCUCAGAGUCAGUCUAAAAACACCGCACAGUGUGUCUGGCGGCCAUGAAGCAUCCCAGAGACCGAACACACAGUAUUAUAACCACAAAACGUUAUAUGAGAUCAAUAACGAAUGCGGCAGGGACCAACUUAUUUUCUUCAAUUAUUCAACCAAGACGUAUAGCAUUGUAAGCAACACAAGAGAAUCUAUAGAAAGAUUUCGGAACGAGCUACAGGCGCAUUAUGGCUCAAUUACUUUUGGUCGUUUGAAGGAUGGCCAAUGCAAAGCAAUAAGGCUCGAGUCUCUACAAACUCCGAGGAUUCAUAAAGCCUCAGACCUUCCGCAGAUUGUGUUCUAUUGCGCAGAUUCGUCGCCAGAAAGUCGUAAGAUGUGUUGUGGUGGAUGA